CGGCAUUGCUGCGCAAAUCCAAGACGUAGAAUAAGAUGAGAGGUUCUGCAAACCGUGGCGGAGUCUGACAUCGGGCUGUGUUCCGAAUACAAUAUUCAAGUGCCGAACUACUGAAUACGAUAUGCAAGUGCCGAGCUACUGAAAUGCACACGGUUCCACGCGAGGAUGAGAAAUCAUGUCGGAACCAUGCUUACCUCUAACCAUGUUGACACGUUCCGGGGCCGCCACCAUGUCGCCAAGAAGCCAACCACGCGACAGCCCCAUGGGGUACGCCUGUAUGCCCCCGGUAAAGGUUCCCCGCGUGUUCCGCAAAUAAGUGCGUCUAUAUUAGAGUUGGUCGUUGGCCAUAGCUGAAUCGCUGUCUCUGCGUGAAUGCAGAAUCGCAAAGAUGGAGAAAAGUACCCAGGAAUAUUCGCCAGGAAGCAGUGAUGCAGAUCAUCUGGAACUGAAGCAUGAGCCGACAAUAGAGCCAGUACCGCAGGAGUUGCAAAUCAAUGGCGGCAUCCUAGUAGAUGUCAAAGAUGGGGACAAAGCGACCAACUUUAAGCUUGCUCAAGACGGACACACUGUUCUCAUUCCUCAACCGACCGACGAUCCAAACGAUCCCUUGAAUUGGUCAUGGAGGAAGAAGCAUGCUAUAUUGUUCGUUGCUGCGUUCGCUGGCUUCACAGCAGACUACACUUCCACUUGGGGACCUGCUGUAUUGUUCCCACAAAUGAGGGAAUGGGACGUCUCAGUCCACGCAGCGAAUCGACCAAAUAACCUCAAUGUCUUGGCUGGAGCUCUCGGGGGUUUGAUAUGGGUGCCUGUGAGCUCGUGGUUCGGACGUGCGCCGGUCAUGUUCUGGACGGCCAUAGUCGGAUUUGCGGUCUCUUGCGGAGCAGCUGCAGCCCCCUCAUAUGGAGUUUAUUUCGCCAUGCGAGUCUUGACCUCGCUCUUCCUCACGGCUGGCCAGACAAUGACGAUUGCGGUCUUGAAGGACAUUUUCUUCUUCCACGAGCGAGCGCGAAAGAUUGGUCUGUGGGCAUUGUUGUACAUUGCGAGUCCUUAUUUCGGACCCCAAUACAGCAACUUCAUCCUGUACGGCACCGGAAGUUGGACUGAUGUUGCUUGGGUUGGCGCUGCAGUCGUUGCCAUCAACAUCAUCCUGGUAGUUCUGAUCAUCGAUGAGACGUGGUACGAUCGGACCAAACCCUCCCAUGAGCAGCCAGAGCGAGCAUCGAGCCUGUACGGCCGAUUCGAGCGCCUAGUUGGCAUAUGGCAAAUCCGGCAUCACAACGAAUACUUCCCGAGUCUGUGGCCCACGUUCAAGGGCUUCUUCGAGAUCAUAUAUCAGCCAGCGUUCUUCUUGGUUGCUCUAAAUUAUCUCAUGAACUUUGCUUGGGCUAUCGGCAUCAACAUCAGCGGUGCCAUCUUGUUCGCUCAACCCGAAGCAGCUGGAGGCUACGGGUAUAAUUCCAAACAAGUCGGAUAUCUGUACUUCACACCAAUCGUGGCCAUCUUCCUCGGAGAGAUAUUUGGCCACUACUUCAACGACUUCAUGGCCAGAAGAUAUGUCCGCAAGCAUGGCGGUGUUUUCGAGCCUGAGGUCCGAAUCUGGACUAUCCAUAUUGCCAUCCUGUUCAUGGCUCCCGGGCUCAUUCUGUUCGGAUUCGCGCUGGAGAAACAUCUGAACGUGGCCGCAGUCAUCUUCGGUUGGGGCAUGCACACCUUCGGCCUGAUGGUCAUGUCUGUAGCGAACAUCGCCUACGGCCUUGAUUCAUACCCCACCUUGCCUGCAGAAGUUGGUGGCUGGCUCAAUUUUGCUCGAUUGAUGGGUGGCUUCAGCGUGGACUACUACCAAACCGAUUGGGCGAAUGCUGUCGGAUAUGAUGGCAGCUUCGGCACUCAAGCUGCCAUAUCGGUGGCUUCGAUCGUUCCGGCCGUCAUUGUGCACAUCUGGGGAAAGCGCCUGCGUGCAAUGGGCACACUUGCCAAGAAAUAG